ACGCGUUUUUCAACAUGGCAGUUUUAUUAGUGAAGACUCGUUAUGUGAUCGCCACGAUUUUGACGACCAAUUGGAUAAUUCUGGUUAAUUUUUUUUCAUCAGAAUGAUGAUUAUAACCCCUUAUUUUUCUACCUUAUUGAACCGCUGCGGUUUUAGGCAUGCGCAAGUGAAAGUUCGCGUUUUGGCUAGACGUAUAUUCCAAGUUACUCCGCCAGUUGCUGUGACUGAAUCUGUUUCGAGAUGUUUCGUUUUCAAGUCGUUCCUUUCUUGAGCUUGAAAAUGAUGAACGGAAAAAAUUUCAUUUUGGUGAUUCCUGCCUGUUGAAUUUUCCCGAACUGUCGAAUUUCAAGAAUGUUCCGCCGUCUCUUGAUAGUGUUGUCUUCGUUGGUCAUCGUGAUUUUUCUUCUGCGCGCCUUGAUCGAAUCAUUCGACGUAGUUUUCUUGCUAUUUUGUGAAAUAUUUUGACCAAUUGUGAAAGAUGGCGGCAAUGGAAAAUACCAUUUGUUUUAUUGAAUAACGGACUGCGAAUGCCGAUUUUGGGCAUGGACACAUGGAAGACGAGGAUGACGUGAAAUUUGUUCCGAGGAUCUUGAUGAUACAGGUGACGAAAGAUGCGAUCGAUCUCGGGUAUCGUCACGUCGACAUUGCAGAGGCCUACGAGAAUGGAAAGGGCGUCGGAACUGCACGGCGUUCCAGAAAAAAGUAGAAAAGGAAGGAACCUUGAACUCGAGGACAUCGUUUUCCUCACCAAGUGGAAGUUUCGAUCUAAUUCGUUCGCCACUUGUAUUGGAAUCACGCCACUAUUCCAAUACAAGUCUCCGAUGACUGUAUGGCGAAGAGCUCGUACCCGUCUUGGAGGUGACGGUGUAGCGAAUCGAAGAAUUGAAUUCAAAGAACGAAGUGACGGGAUAUAUCUUGGUGUUUCGCAAACUCCCAGACUCCACCCGUUCUUCGAUGCCAUGGAAUCCCAAGAAAUCGUUGUGAAUUUUCAACUAUCCGAAAUCUUGUUAUUGGAGGAUGUUCGAGUUGUGAUUUUCGCUUUGCUAUGCACGAUGUGUGUAACGUUAGCUGCUGUUGGCGAUUCUCAGUUUCUCAUUCGUGUUUCCUUGUUACUUCUUCGCCAGAGUACUGUUCGAAUCCGACGCGUGUUUCCGAAAAUGCCCGGUGCUCCGAUUGUGACUCUAUCGAAUGGCCAAAAGGUGCCGUCUGUUGGCCUAGGUACGUGGAAAAGCAAGCCUGGGGUUGUAGAACAAGCUGUGAAAGAUGCGAUCGAUGUCGGAUAUCGCCACAUCGAUACGGCUUUUGUGUACGAGAAUGAGAAGUCCGUUGGUGAGGCGAUCGCUGCCAAAAUUGCCGAUGGAACUGUGAAACGAGAGGAUCUGUAUGUCGUCACGAAGCUCUGGAAUACAUUCCACAAUCCGGCGGAUGUGGAGAAAGCAGCUCAAACAUCACUGGAGAGUCUCGGAUUGGAUUACGUCGAUUUGUAUCAUAUCCACUGGCCUGUGUGCUACAAGAAUGUUGACGGGGAAUUGUUUCCGAAGGACGAGAGUGGGAAGGUUAUCUAUUCCGAGGAUGAUUAUUUGGAUACCUACAAAGCUGUAGAAUCCUUGGUGGAAAAGGGUCUGGUAAAGGCCAUCGGACUGUCGAAUUUCAACUCGAAACAAAUACAGCGGAUCUUGGACAGUUGUUCCAUAAAACCAGCUAUGUUGCAGAAUGUUGACGGGGAAUUGUUUCCGAAGGACGAGAGUGGGAAGGUUAUCUAUUCGGAGGAUGAUUAUUUGGAUACCUACAAAGCUGUAGAAUCCUUGGUGGAAAAGGGUCUGGUAAAGGCCAUCGGACUGUCGAAUUUCAACUCGAAACAAAUACAGCGCAUCUUGGACAGUUGUUCCAUAAAACCAGCUAUGCUGCAGGUUGAAAGUCAUCCUUGGUUGAACCAGAUCAAGUUGCAAGAAUUCUGUACAUCAAAAGGAUUGGUCCUGACAGCUUACAGUCCAUUGGGAUCCCCAGACAGGCCGUGGGCCACUCCCGAAGAUCCCACCUUGCUCUCUGAUCCGAAGAUCACUUCCAUCGGCCCGAAAUACGGCAAGAGUACCGCGCAAAUUUGCAUUCGUUAUCAGGUGCAGAAAGGCAGAGUUGUCAUUCCGAAAUCAGUGUCGAAAUCUAGACUGGAAGAAAACAUCAACGUGUUUGACUUUGAAUUGACUGAUGAAGACAUGGCAGCUUUGGAUUCGUUUGAUAAAGGAGUCCAGGGUAGAGUUUGCCACAUGAACUGGGCGACCGAUCACGUUUACUAUCCGUUCGGGCCCGACGUUGAAUUCUGAGAGCCCCCGUCAGUGAGGAGUAUGGGGACAAUGAGUGAGCAUCAGUUCGUCUGAGGUCUUAUGCAGUAUAUGACAAUUUUGUUUCUCGAGUCCGUUGCAACUUAUUCUCACGUCAAUUCCAGCAGUAUGUACCUUGUAAAACGUUAUCUUUUGUUUUUUGUUAGGAUCCGAUGUGCGCGCUGUCGUAUGAAACGCUUUGUCGGCUAAAAAUCUGAGCUUGACUUGUCGAUGAUCCGACUACUUCUGAAAUACAGCGAAGUGAUCAAGGAGGAAA